AUGGAUGGAAGCAAUCAGGUUGGAGUGCCUUGUCAACAUGAGGAAUUACUGGUCACAGAUCUAAAACAGUUCCGGUAUUUUGAUUUAAGACGUGCUACGAAGAACUUUAGAAAUGGCACAUACAUGAAAUGUAUGAGUGAGUUGGAGAUUUACAAAGGUUGGAUCGAUAAAACAACAUAUUCCCCUUCUAAAGCUAACACUGGAUUGCCAGUUUCAGUUAAGAUAGUAGACCGGAGAUUUUACUUCUUAAGACCUGCAUGGUCUGAGUUGGAUUUAGAAGUGUUGAAAGAAUUUCGUCAUCCCAACCUUGAAAAGCUCAUAGGAUAUUGCUUUAAAGGCAAAAAGCUCCUCCUUGUUUAUGAAUUCAUGCCUAACGAAAACUUUGAGGAUCUUCUUUAUUCCGGAACGAUAUUUACACUUCCAUUGGUUGCAAAGGUGAAAAUAGCAGUAGGAAUUGCUCGGGGGAUUGUUUUUUUGCAAAAGUCACAAGAUCUAGUAGUGGGGUGUCUUUUUGGUGAGUCUCGGCUUCACAGAGAAAAGAUAUUGCUGAAUGAGGAUUUCACAGUAAAGCUUGCAAAUUAUGAUGUUGCUAAGCUAGUGUAUGGUGGCUAUCCUUGUACAAUAGCAUGUUAUGAACUUCAUACUCGCAACAAUUAUCCAGGGUUUAAGCGCAGUGAACCACAAAGUAAUUUCUUGGGCUUUACAAUCGCAUUCAUAGAGGUGAUAACAGGGAAAACAAUCUCUAGUGGAGAAGAAUUACAAAAGAUGGAUGAUUUGUUUAUGAAAUAUGGAAAAAUGUCCUUGGUUCAUAUUGCCCAAUCAUGUUUUGACAUCUGCAAUGAGGUGGAUUCAGAAUCAAAUAUGCUAAAAAUCUUGGAGCAAUAUAUUCCACAGAACAAGGAAUUUGCAACAGAACUAUUAAGAGCCCGUUAUUGUGAUGACUGGCUUCACCCAGAAAAAUCGUAA